CUCGCUUCAACGCGGAAUGUUAGGAGCAAUUAAACCCUCUAACCUCGCACUUCUCUUGUAUGGCGCUACAAAGUAGGAUAUGAGCUUGUUGAAACUUCCCAGUCGGGCUUUCUUCACUGAUGACGGAUUCCGGAAGGAGAGACAUCCUUUUCGGUUAUCGCUUCUCGAGCGAGGAACCUGCGAAAGCUGUCAUAUCCGUUGCAGUUUUUGUUGGACUUCACCGUGUCUAGUGCUCUCUGGAUUAGUGAUGCCUUUUCUGGUUGAUCCGUAUCAUCGGAGCAGCAUGCCGAGAUUACUAUCCUACUGGUGUGCCAUCGCCGGGAUCGCAGCCUUUUGUUGCUCUACAAGGUUCAUGUCGAGGGCCCAAGAAGACGACGCCGUGGUGAUAGAGGAGCGCCCACGUACAUUCGAGGAGGCGCGACAGUUUUGCGGUCACCAGCAUUACCUCAUGACUUUGGCUUUCCGAAGUGACGUUGAAACGGCAGUGCGCCUGAAUGAAGCUUCAGAUGAGCCCGUUUUCUGGUUGAAUAUGAAAGUGAUCGGUGGAUUCUACCACUGGCUGGACCCUGUCCCAGGCCUCGUCCUUGAUCUUCCCUGGAAGCCAGGAACUGAUUGGGGCAAUGCUCUAUCUGCUUCUGGCCAAGGCAUAGGCAACUGGAAUAUCACACAUAACUGUGCGGUCUUAAACGUGUCAGCAAGACAAAUCAACACGAUCGACUGCGAAGAAAAGUUUCCGUUUGCAUGUCUACCAUGGCUGCCUUACGCCGACAUGAGUGACGCACGAGUGAUUGUAUCGUUAACAUCCAACCGACCGCCAAUCUUGCUAAGUUGGCAAAUGCGGGAUUUCGUUCUCUACUGCAAUGCCCGCUUUGACAAUGGGACAGCCCUAGAUCCGAGCCUCUAUUCAAAAUCAUACAUUUACGUCUGGACGAAGAAUGACGUCUACCUGGACGCACGUCAUUCUACCAUUAAGCCCGACAUAGUGAGUGAAGUAAAUGUAUGGGCGUUCACCAACGAGUCCAGCCAAGGUCAUUACAAAUGCGGGCUCAAAGUUCUACCCAGUGGGAAGACAUUCUGGUCAGACGAGGUCACGGUCAUCUUACGCGACUUCUACACUCGUCGUCUGACCAUUUUCGCACGAGCGGAAUCUUUACCUACGCAGCGGUGGAAUCUUAUUGGACCCUCCUUCGCUGUCAGCGGAAAUAUAACCCGCCUUCUCGGGGUGCUACAACAGCAGAUAUAUCUUAUACCAUGGAGUUCCUACAACAUCGAGGCACCAGCGUUCGACAAGCUCAGCUGGAGCUUCUUCCGUGCUGACCCAGGGUCUGCGGAUGGCAGUUUGGUAAAUAUUAGCGGCUUUGUGUACGUGAAGCAGAAUGCGAAUGCGGAGACUGGACUGGAGCUUCGCUUCCCUCCUCUACCCAACAAUCCGACUGGAUCAUGGAAGGUCACGCUACAUGAUGUUGUGAACUGCCCACCUGAAAACGGGACUCGACUGCAGUGGACAAAUUAUAAUCAUAUUUCUGCUGAGUCGUCAGUUCCAAUGUGCCUCACAGAGUCUGGGCAACUGGUACCCCGCAGGUGUCUGGUAAACUUCACUUCCGAGGCCUCAUGGGCACCGUUCGACGAGUCUCGCUGCGUCCACUUACAACAGGAUCCAGUGGCCGGAAAGCAGGUGCUUAGAGCAAUAUGCCAUGAAGGCCCUUGCCUGGCCGACCUUUCAUCUAUUAAGGCGACUUGGAAAAACGCCAGAGAUAAAUGCAGAAGCUGGAACGGCUAUUUAGCGAGUCCAUCGAUAUUAAAACAGCUGCGUAGAAAAGAGUAUGGGGCACGAGUGUCUCCACGUGCUCUUGGAGGCUGGAUUGAUAUAACCAGAAAACAUGGCUACAUACAGUCUGAAAGUGUUGCAGAUGACGACGCUCUGGCUGCCCUCUCACGAUCGGAAGUCUGGGCUUCCCACAUUGUCUCCUCUGCCAGCAGCGACCCCUGUUUCACGGUAUUGCAGCCGCAGGAUCGAGUGGUACACCACGCAUGCCAUAUGCAUCUGAAAAUUCCGUGUGUCCUGCCAUACAGGAACGGCCUGCUAAGCCUCGCGUCAUGUCCGAAGGGAGGGUGGCUAGAUUUUGAUUCGAGAUCGAGAUGUCUUUGGCUGAACUACACGAAGCUUACCCAGGAGGACGCUAACAGCGCAUGCGAGAGCCAUGGCGGGCGGCUGGCUGCUUUCAAGGGGAAGCACACGUACGACACCAUUACUGCCAUUCUGGCGGGACCAGACGUUCCCAUCGAGAUGGACACCUUCUGGAUAAGUCUGACGAAGCUAAACAAGACUUUCAGGUCGAAACAUACGAACUGGGACCCGUCGUCUGACUACAGCAGAACAGGAGGAACGCUUCGAGUGAACCGAUACGUGGCGGAGAGGCCAUUAGAAGUGAAAUGGUCAACGGCGCAGCCUUGGAUGCAGUACCCAUUCAUAUGUGAAGCUCCCCUGGUAGCCGGAACUCCUUGGCUUCGGGUUGGAAUGAAACAAACUGGGGAUGCAGUGACACUCACAUGUCACGCGUCUCCUGAAAUUAUAGAAGGAUCGAUCAUGUGGUUCAAGGACGGUCUUGCCGUGCGGGGGAACCGGAUCGAACUGAAUCCCGAUUCAAUCACACUCGCCAUACGGGGCGCUACAAAGAGCAGCCCUUACCUGCAGGGUUAUUACUGGUGUGAAGGAAUAUCAGUCGAUGGAUUCAGAGAAGUCGAGUCAAGAAAAAGGCUCCUCCGUCUUUCUGGUCUGGAAACAUUUAUAGGCUCCAUGGAGGUUACCAAUACUGCAAUCAACCCUGACCUGACAGACCUGUCCUCCGAGUCGUUUAUAGACUUUGCGAGGAACUUUGUCCCGCUCAUAUUGGGUUCACAAAGGAUGCGGAGGGUGCAAUCGUAUUUCCUGAGUGAUGCCAUGGUUAUUAGCCUGAAGAAACUCCGAUACAACACUCACCGGGUUCACUUUGCCAUGUACCUUAACAAGCCUAGGUUUAAAGUCAGGGAGCAAAGGAUUACCGUGAGAGACUUGGGAGAAGAAGCCGUUGCGGACAGGGACCUCGGCGUUCACCUAAGAGAUGCCUUGAAUACACUCAAUGAAACCUCCGUCAUGGAAUUCAGUCUCAUUCCGGGAACUGCUCAGGUCUUCAGCACACGGCUAUGCUCUGCCGCCACCACUAACCAUUCCACUGGCUUACACCCUACGUUACACUGGCCCACUACAAUAGUCGGCGACGUAGCCACAUCAGAUGAGGCCUGCAUCAAUGGUGACAAUAAGCCGGUAGUUCGGCGCUGCCAAGGGAACUUCAGUGUUGGUGCCUACUGGGGUGACGUGCAAGGGUCCUGCAGUCUACCUCCUUCACAAAGGACACUGGACCUCAAGGAUCUUUCUCAGGUUAUCGUCACCAACGACAAUGCCCUAUCUACAGUAGUGCAGCUAAAUAACUUGACGUCCGAUUCGGAGAGACUGAUGCCACAAGAUGUCAGCUACGCGGCAAAGACAUUAGAGAACGCUGCAUCCAUACAGAAGAUCAGCAAACAGGUCGCACAAAACAUGAUUACCUCGAUCAAUAAGAUCGUCAACGCCAGCAUGACUUCUCUGCUCCUCUCCCGCGCUGCAAACUCCACAAACAAAAUCAUUAGCUCAAUGGAGCAGAUGGCGGCCAAUCUACAGGAUCACAUCGUCGUUUUCAACGGCUCGACCGCCAUGGGGAAAAUUCCUGCCCAGGAAUAUUGGAGUGGUAUUUAUUUGGAUACCGUCGAGCAACAGUGGCGUAACUUUUCCAAAAAGCCCACCGAUAAUGCGGAUGUCGCCAUUAUGUUUCCGGAGAAUAAUCCAUGUACUAUUGGCGUGGAAAACGCAAACGUGACUUUGGGACUUCUUUCCCAUAAUGCUUUGUUUGGAAACUCCUCCAACAGUACUGAUGAGAUGUGUACUGCUGUGCUUCUGGUACAGUACGAACAGUGCAAAGUGGAAAAUUCGGACGAAAAUUUCAGCUUUUAUUUUAAAGACAAAUGUAGCAACAGAACUAACCAAACUCAGCUGAGCGUGGAGUGUGUGUUUUGGGACAUGGAAGCAGACAACAGAAUGGGUGCUUGGUCAUCCGCUGGCUGCAGUUAUAUUGGAAUGACAGGAAAGCAUCACGUCUGCAGCUGCAGUCACCUGACUAGUUUCGGAGUACUCUUCAAAUACAAGAACAGGCAGGAACAAAAUGUGUACCAUGAGAGGAUCCUAAGCUUCCUGACCCUAAUUGGAAUCACGCUUUCUGUAGUUGGUCUGCUUCUGGUCGUCGCAACUUACAUCUUAUCCGAGACAUGGAGAAAGGGAGCAGGACACAAAUGCCUCCUGCAUCUCUCGGUAUCCUUAUUAGGUUCAUUGGUGCUCUUUGGAGUCCUAGUCGUUUCCCACAAUGCCUUGAGAAGCUCUGCCGCUUGUGCAGUCAUGGGAGCUCUCCUGCACUACCUGCUCUUAGUGACGUUUGGCUGGACCUUCGUGGAAGCCAUGCUGCAGUACUUGCGCUUCGUCAAAGUUCUGGGAACUUACAUUCCUCGUUUUGUGCUCAAGUGCGCCCUCCCAGCCUGGGGUGUUCCGCUCAUAGUGGUUGCCACAAUGCUUUCACUGGACCCGCAUCACUACAGCAACAGGCAUGAGCUGUGCUGGCCCCAUGGACGACCGCUGGUCUAUGGCUUCAUCCUACCAGUCGGGUUGACGCUGGGGGCUAACGUUGCUGUCUUCAGUGUAGUCAUCUAUAACAUUUACUGCAGACGACACAAAGCCUUACGAAGCAAUCAAAGCCAGGUGAAAUUAGCCAAAGCUCAGCUUCGUGCCACGAUCCUCAUCGUUUUUCUCCUGGGCUUGACGUGGAUCUUCGCCUACUUGAGCAUCAUCGACGCUUAUGGUGUUAGUCGCGUUUUUGAGUACCUCUUCGUGGUUUCCGCGAGUCUACAGGGGUUUGUCAUCUUCCUUUUUCAUGUAGCGUACGAACAAACAGCGAGAAGGCUAUGGAGAAGCAAGUUCGUUUACUGGAUUCCGCGAAUGCCCGGAGAGAUUAGAGGGCGUAGGCUUCAUUCGGACGAAGGCUCUUCCUCCACUGCUCAGAAGACAACGUCAACGUGAAGAUGACAGAUGGACAUCGUUGCCGAACCUGUCCCAGCCCAUGAGGAAGAAUUGCUCAAAUACAUUUCUUAUUUAUGGCAACAAGAUCUGAAAAGCCGUUCUGUCCGAACAGUGUUGCAUUUUCUUACUGCGAAGAUGAAGUUUGUAACGACUUCUACGAAUGAGGGUUGAAGAAGCAACGCGAAAUCAUCGGGUAUAGCCGAAGUUGGCUCCCCAUACUUUCUUCUACCAGGUCAGACCAACUGAAGUUCACCUUUAAAAAGUGUCAUGAGAAGCUACAAGGCAUGAAAAUGGUACGGAGGCCUGUCUAAAAAGGAAUCUCAGUGACUGUACAGCACUUGCCGCCAUAAAGACGCUGAACAUCCCUGAGACAUUAGUCCUUGGUAUAUUGUCAGGCAGGUGGAACAGGCAACAAACCAACGCGUGUGUAUGAGUGAGCAAAAAAUGUAAGAGUGAAAGGAGGGUGAGUGAGAGUGAGUGGCUGGUUUGUCGUCCCUUCAGAUGACGCACCCCGAAAGUCGCUGGAGAGGCGUGUUAGCUUCGCUCAAUUGGUAGAGCCCUGGACCGGUAAUCCAGAAGACGUGGGUUCGAUCCCUACAGCUGGCUAACCUUUUCAGUGACUUUCAUCUUUCAUCGUUGAUUUCUUAGGCAAUUUGAGGCUUUGUUGUAUCUGUCCCUUCUAUGUUGUUCCAGCCUCAGAACAUCAGUUUCUGUCUUGUUCAACGCAAACUGUCUGGUUCAAGAUAAGUUUGAAUGAAAAUUGAAUGACUUGUGGUGCGCACAUUGUCGAUCACGUAACCUUCUUACUGAUAUGAGCACCACAACGUCAAGGUCAUAUUAAUUCAAUGAGGCAGAUUGGCCACAUAUGACGCGUCGUGAAGCACAAGAAGGACGCUCUUCCACUCCCUUAUCCACCAUUGAGUUAUGUCCUUGCAUCAAUGAAUUACGUCCUUUUGCGCUUCACCGCGACCAGACGCGACAAAAUACGUAAACCGAAACCAAUGAAUUCUCCUCCCAUCUUUUGAUGGAAUAAAGAUAUAUGUAUGUAAUUACAGCAACA